AUGAUAAUCAACUGUGGGCCUCUGACAGGCUUUACCCAGGCAAGAUAUGUGAUUCACAUGUCCACAGGGAAACGGCUGGUGCUGUUUCGCCUGCCGUCGAUCGACCCGACCAGCUCAAAACCCAACGAGAAGGAAGGAUGGUCCUACUACGCGAUGGAGGCGGAAUGCCCUCAUGCGGGCGGGCCCAUGGCAGACUCUCUGAUUGAUAUUGAAGAUUCAGCAUAUGUGGCCAGCUGUCCUUGGCACGCAUAUGAUUUUAACGUGGAGACCGGAGAGUCGAGUGUGGGUAUCAAAGCAUGCACAUACCCUAUUGAUGUGCGUGGGAACAAUGUCAUGUUAGAGUUCCCCGCUGAAGAUGGUUUAAACGUGGAACUCAGCAAGAUUGAGCCCGUGAGCGAGAAAGUCAAAUUGAAAAAUGCGCGACCAUCAGAAACACCAAAAGCCAAGCAAGAGGAUUCUGGAAUGGCUCAGUACUUGGAUGAUAAUGCGACGUUAUGCGACUGGGCGGUUCAUAUUUUGAACACUGCUCACCCUGAACACAAGAUUGAACUGACUACGCACCUUUUCGCUAUCUUCACCGAAAGAGAGGCCUCUUCUUCACCCAUGGAACUUGGACGAGGCACCGUGACUGCGCCCGACCAGCCGCCCCGUGAGAAGAUGCUCACCGUCAACCCGGGCGCUAUGCCGAGGACGGGGCGAGGAGGCACAUUGAAGAGCCGGAUUGCCAUGCUCCACGCGCUAGCCAAUAUUGAGCUAUGGGCGAUUGACCUGGCCAUCGAUAUUUGUGUGCGGUUCGCUACAUUUCAGACUGAGAAAAGCUCAGAGCAGCUACCAAGGGCUUAUUUUCAUGACUGGCUCAAAGUCGCGAGCGAUGAGGCGAAACACUUCUCUCUUCUGCGCACCCGGCUUGAAGAGAUGGGAUCGCACUUUGGCGCUCUCCCUGUUCAUCACAGUCUGUGGCUAUCCGCUCAGGAAACAGCGUACGAUCUUCGCGCCCGUAUAAGUAUCAUUGCUCUGGUUCACGAGGCUAGGGGUCUGGAUGUCAACCCGAUGACUAUCCAGAAGUUUCGUCUCUCCGGUGACACUGAGAGCGUCGAAGCGCUCGAGGUCAUCCACCACGACGAAAUUACACAUGUGACUACGGGCCACCGAUGGCUGACCUGGAUCUGUAAUCAAGAAGGAACCGACCCGGUGCAGGUCUUCCGCUCCAACGUCCAGAAACAUUUCCGUGGGCCCCUCCGUGGACCAUUUAACGAAGAAGCUCGCUUGGAGGCUGGUAUGGACAAACGAUACUACGAGGAGAUGCCGAAUGUCGUUGCGGCGUCAUAA